ACCCCUGUGCUUCAUUGACCUGUGAAAAUGCCGGUAGUUGACUAUAGGUUUUUUGCACGACCGGAAUACAGCACAGUCACUUUUGAUGGGUUGUAUAUCACCCUCAACGAGCUCAAAAAGCAGAUUAUGAGCCAGGAGCGCCUCGAGGCCCCAGACUGCGACCUGCAGAUCACAAAUGAGCAGACUUGUGAAGAAUAUACCGAUGAUGAAGCCCACAUCCCGGAACUCUCCUCAGUGAUUGUAAAGCCCAAUGGCAAGACGUUCAUUGUAGACCUCAUGGACACUUCCCUAGUCUCCACAAACAAGCCUACGGAUUCUCCUCCUUCUCUGUCGAUCGCACAACUCGCCAAGAUGGCUAACCUGUACGACGCAAAUGCAUCAGAGGAUGACAAGAUCGAAGCCAUGAUGUUGCAGUCAAACUUUUACUAUGCAUCGAUAAAUUUUCCAGAGAAAGCAGUUGGAUCUCCACCCGCUAACUACAUCUGUUAUUGUUGUGGAAAGGCUGGUCAUUACAUUCGAGAGUGCCCGAUGCUUAUGAUGUUAUUCUCUUAGGACAAAAGUGUGGAGGUUCCUAAACCAGUCGGGAUUAGUGAGGGGAUUCCUCAGAGUUUCAUGGUGAAAGCAGAUCCUGGAACAGAAGGAGCCAUGUUAACCAGCAGUGGAGAAUAUGCAAUACCUGCAAUAGAUGCGGAAGCGUUCGCACAAGGAAAGAAGGAGCACCCCCCCUUUGUUCCAGAUGACCAGUCAUCCCCUGAGGACGAUUCAGGCCCAAUCCCUCACGACCUCAUGUGUCCAAUCUGCAAUGACCUGAUGACGAACGCAGUAGUUAUACCCUGCUGCGGAUACAGUUACUGCGAACUUUGUAUCCGGAUGGCCUUACUGCACCCAUGCCAACAUGCAGAUGUUUCACCUGGCGCUCUCAUUCCCAACAACUUUCUUCGACAGCUUGUGAAUAUCUACAAGAAUGAAACAUCAAACACCAAACUCAUACGUCAGCAGGCCCAACAGGCAGCGCUGCCUCCGCCUCGCCUCCAGAUCUCCAGACAGCAGGACCCACUGCUGGCCAAUGUCACCCCCCCACCCCCUGCAAACGUACCCACCGCUGCACCUCAAUCACAGGUUCAGCCCCCUGCACCCUCUCCUCCUGCUCCUGUUCCUGCUCCUGUUUCUGCUGCUGCGACUGCCACUACUACUGCGACUGCUGCUGCUCCUAUUCCUCCUCAUGCUGCUGCUGUCGAAGGUCAAGAUGUUUCACCAGCUCCGGCACCUGUCGCUGACCUACAUUCUCCUAUGCACUCUACCGGCCAGGGCGAACCACCCCCACCUGGUGAAAUGGAUCCAGAACCUACUGUGGGACGAAGCCCAGAAAGUAACCCAGGAAUUGGACCACAUGGCUACCAUUUAUCAUACCAGUACCCGCCCCCACCACAGCCGCACCCUCAUCCCCACACCUCUGGCUUUAUACCUCCUCCUCCAAUCGGUGACCCGACCCCACCACAGCCGCACCCUCAUCCCCACACCUCUGGCUUUAUACCUCCUCAUCCAAUCGGUGACCCGACCCCACCACAGCCGCACCCUCAUCCCCACACCUCUGGCUUUAUACCGCCCCCACCACAGCCGCACCCUCAUCCCCACACCUCUGGCUUUAUACCUCCUCAUCCAAUCGGUGACCCGACCCCACCACAGCCGCACCCUCAUCCCCACACCUCUGGCUUUAUACCUCCUCGACCAAUCGGUGACCCGACCCCACCACAGCCGCAACCUCAUCCCCACACCUCUGGCUUUAUACCUCCUCGACCAAUCGGUGACCCGACCCCACCACAGCCGCACCCUCAUCCCCACACCUCUGGCUUUAUACCUCCUCCUCCAAUCGGUGACCCGACCCCACCACAGCCUCACCCUCAUCCCCACACCUCUGGCUUUAUACCUCCUCCUCCAAUCGGUGACCCGACCCCACCACAGCCUCACCCUCAUCCCCACACCUCUGGCUUUAUACCUCCUCCUCCAAUCGGUGACCCGACCCCACCACAGCCUCACCCUCAUCCCCACACCUCUGGCUUUAUACCUCCUCCUCCAAUCGGUGACCCGACCCCACCACAGCCGCACCCUCAUCCCUACACCUCUGGCUUUAUACCUCCUCCUCCAAUCGGUUACCCGCCCCCACCACAGCCCUACCCUCCUUCCUACACCUUUGGCUUUAUAUUUCUUCCUCCAUUCGGUUAUCCGCCCCAGCCAAUUUAUGCCCCUGGACCACCAGGGCUCAACCCUCCCUUGAUCCCCCCUGGUGUCCAGCCCCCUCUACCCCACCUUGGACCCCCUCUCUCUCAGCCCCCCCUCUCCAAAGAAUAUUGUGACAGACGAAGGCACCGACAGGACAAAACUAUAUCCAAACUGGAUGAAUUUACUAAAGAAUUCCAAAGGGAGCUGAUGAAACACAAACAUUCACCAAAAAGACAAAAAAAGUCUUAUUCUAGGUCGCAGCCAUUCGGCCGCUCUCAGUACACUCGAUCUGGUGCAAGAUCUAGAUCCAGGUCUUACUCUUGUUCCCCGAGUCGAUCCCGCUCCCGUUCACACUCCCAUGGGCGGUCUUAUCCACGCUCCCCUUAUUCCAGGCACAAUGGACGCAGUUACAGGCGUUCACGGUCAAGGUCCCACUCACCCUUGCGGUUUCCUCCUCCCUUCCGGGCCGGACCCUGGGAGGGAGCAGAAGGACCAGCACCCUUCAGGUCCCGGUCUCGCUCCCCUGGUGGCUUCCGGAACCGCAGCCCUGGUGGACGGAAGCCACCUCCUCGGGGACGUCCACCGUAUGAACUAAAGGGACCAAGUCCUGGAGGCCAUGAUCGCUGGGAGAGAGAAAGGUAUCGACGAUGGGAAAAGGAGUACACCGACUUGUACAACAAAUACUGCAAAGACUACGACAACCAACAUCCCUCACUACAUCACAGAGGUCGCGGCAGCAGAGACAGGGAGAGGGACAGAAUGUCUCGGUUACCCAGAGAUUACUCCCCUCAGGGGAGAGGAAAAAGAGGUAGAGAUGAGAGAGGUGCUCCCCCUCAACAUCCUCCAUCCUCUUCAUCAUCAGGGACUAAGUCCAGCACAAAAAUCCUUAAAACAAAGAAAGUAAACAAGAAGAGGUCCAGGGAGAAAUCUGAGCCAUCAUACCAUUCAGCAGACAGUGACUGUGGUACUCCCCUCAGAGAUGAACCGAUGGAAACAACAACGCAUCGGACCCAGUCUGAUAAAACCAGGAAAGAAAAGGCUCAGAAAGUGAAGCCUAAAGUGAGGACAGAGGCUGUGAAGCGGGGUAAGAUGGUGAAGGGUCUGUUGUGA